AUGACCAGAGUGGAAGCUUUAAGGGACAUAAACCUUCGCUCCCUGCUGAGGGAGCUGCGGACCGAUAUUGCUAUGGCUGUAGACGACCCUUUCCCUCUCGUCUACGGUUUGGUGGACAAGAACAUCAUCACUGACCAACUGCUGAAGGACACUCUAGAGAAGGAAGGCAGAGAAGGGAUCCAUAAGGCCAUGUACUCCCUCCUGACCUGGGUCCUGGAGCAGAGCAGAUCCACCAUCCAGGCUUUCUGGAGCAACUUGUCCAAAGACUACAACCUGGACAGCUACCCCAAGCUACAGACGCUGCUCACGAACCUGCACUCCAGACGGGAUGAUGCGGGUUCCAAAGGUGAGAAGAAAUCCUCUGGAGGCCACAAAACAUCUCACGUCAAGAAAAGGAGCCAUGAGGACAGGGAGACAAACUCACACAGUCUGCAUUUAAAGUAUCAUGCCAAGACAAGCGAUGGACCAGGGGGUAAAGUGAGGCUGUACAGAGUGAAGAGUGAAGCUGCGGCCCCACAGCUAACAUCUGGAACCAGUGUUCAGGCCGUGUCGUCUUCAGUCCAGAUACCCACCCCUCUGUCUUCCUCCUCCUCCUCUGCCUCCUUAACUGAGCUGCCAGUUGGCCCCAAAUCCACAGAGAAGAUCCACAUCAAACAGAUGCUUGGUGCAGAUGGAAGUGGCUUGAAGUGCAUAAAAGUCGGUGCAGAAUUUUAUUCCUCCGGUCAGUCAGAGGAGAUAAAUGGAGCAUCCAUGUCCAAAGCUGUUGAGAACCUGUUUCACCAUGAGGGGGAGACAACCACAAGCAUGGGUCAAUAUAACGAUGAUGAGUGUGCAGUGUGUAAGGAUGGAGGGGAGCUAAUUUGUUGUGAUGGCUGUCCUCGAGCUUUUCAUCUGACCUGCCUGGACCCUCCACUUACGUGUAUACCAAGUGGCUCUUGGCAGUGUGAGUGGUGCUGUGGAAACAGAGUGAAAAGAGAGAAAGCCCAACUUCCUUUACAGCCACUCGUUGCCCAGCCGCAGCAAACAAACACAAGCUCCAGUAACUCCAUCAUAGACGUCCCCUUCUUCUCCUCACUGUCAUCCUCGUCUCUCACCAGCGUCACAGCUUCUACAAAUGAGCCCAGUGGCAGAAACCAGUGUUCAGGUGGAGAGCUGCACAGUGUGAGGGAGGUGUGUGGAGUUUGUCACCUGGGAGGAGGAGACCUGACUCCCUGCCUCCAGUGUUUGCAGCGCUUCCACACACACUGCCACUUUUCCAAAGGGAGAUCCAUCUGCUUGUCCUGCUCCAGGCCCUGGGGCAGCUCUGCAGAGAGGGAGGCUGAAUCAUCCAGAGGCUUACAGCUCGCCCCAGUGGUUCAAAACACAAUCAGUCACGAUCAGAGCUCCUCUGUCCCUGAGCCCGUCCUCCAUAAAGAUGAACUGGACUCCAUCCUGGGAGAUUCGGGCUCCAUCGACGGCAUCUUGCAGUGGGCGUUCCACAACAUCUCUCGACCUCUUCCAGACUCUCAGGGAUGCUACCAGUGACAGACAGAUGAUCUGCUCGCAUGGAUGAGCUCUCGCAGUCUGAAGUUAUACUGUAAAGUGACAAUGAUCAUAUGAAUAUAGGUGAUUAAAUGAACAAAACAAACAAAAGGUAUAACUGAACUCAUUCUGUACAAAGGCUUUUGAACAGUAAUACAUCGUGUCACCCAUUGGUUUGUGGAGUCCUGUUUUGAGGCCCUGAGUUUGGCAUUUUGGCUGUUGCUGCUUUGGAUUUUUUGGAGCAAGAAGUGACCAUACUGGGACUAAAGGGUGGAGCUGUGGGAUGCAGAGCAAGAGGUGGAACUGACUCAUAUACCCCUUUUCCACCAAUAUAGGCAAUAGACUGUGUGUGCGGGGGUAUUUUUUUAUUUUUUUUGGGUGUGUCUGUUUGACAUCACUGCUAGCCGGAAAACAGGUCAAUAAACAGCAACAGCACAGAAUUUUUUUUUGUAUAUAUGUCUUAAUUUUUCAGUCUACCUUUCAAACUAUGUGCAGACUAAUUUGGAAUGAGCGUUGCUUGGGCGAAGACGGAUGGUAUUUUGUGGUGGUGCGUGAUUGCAUCUUGCAGAUAAAGGGGCUAUAAUUAGCAUGUUCAGCCAGGUGUCGUGUUUCCAUCAGUGCUAAUAAAUACCCCGGUCUACUGCUGAAUUAUAUGACCCGGGUGUGAAUGCCGAUUGUAACCUUUCCCAUUAUGUAAAAAAGCCAGAUGUUAGUGGGUGUUUGUGGGUUUUCUGUGCAGUGGGAAAAGGGCUAUCUAUUGUACUGAGGGCUUACAGACAGCCUGUCAAUCAAAGUGUCCAAAUCCUCAAUUGAGUAUGACUUUAAGCCUUAAUAAAAUGAAAAUGGGUGAGUUAUAGAAGAAUUUACCGCCUGUAAAAGUUUCCAUGAAUGUUUAAAUUAGCUUUAGAGACCAAAACUUUUUCCAUACCAGGCUGUAAACCUUUGUAGCCAGCCUCAAGUGGCCAUUAGAGGAACUGCAGUUUUUGGCACUUUUGUGCUUGCUUCAAUUUUCAUUUUUUCAGCCCUGGAGGCUGCCACUUGUGCAGGAUAUGGUUGAGUUAAUAUGAUACUACUACAAAUUUAACAUUAAUCAAAUUACCAACACCAACUGAGAUGCAGUGAACAUGGGACUUUUUGGGGCUCUCGUGUUGCUGCAGUGUUUCUAUAAUGCUUGUACCAAAGGACAUUUGGAAGGUGGAGUAACUUCUAUUUUUUUUCUAACCAUCUUUAUCACCCCCCAGUCUCGCCCCAUCCUAUUUUACAAGACCUCUAAAUUUCCUCACGCUCUGUGUAGCAUCACAACAUGACUAAUAGUGUUGGACAUGGGGUCAGCACUGAUGUGGGAGGGCUGGCAGCGGGCCUUGGACGUCUCCUGCUAACUUUUACUAACUUGGCUUAACAAACUGAAAUAAAUCCACUUUUUAAGGUUGUCAGUAUCCCACAGCUGCCACCCUGUAAACUCAACGAUACAUUUAUGUACUUUUCUGAUGUCUUAGCUGUGUUGUCAUCCAUAUGUGUGUGUUUAUAUCUUAAGGAAAGCAGUGUUGGAGGAGAUACUCAUUGGAAAACAGUUCGAGAUCAGCACAGAGGACAUCAAUGUCUCAUCACAGCAAAUAUAAGAGACACUGCAAAC